AGGGGCAUAGAAACAGAUUACAAAUAAAUGUAAUUUCUAUGGAUGAAUUCAUGAAGAAUUGUCUUUGCCUUAAUAUUCGUGACAGUUUCAUAUUGUUUUGUUAUAGCCCCCCUACUCCCCCCCCCCCCCCAACCUUCAAAAAAGAAAAAAAAGGUCUGCUAUAUUCCUGAAACCACAGGGUGGUACCGGUAGUCAAUGGGCGAGUGGGACCGAGCUUUGUCAAACUGCGCAUCACGAGUUUCUCAGUACUUUCACUUCCAGCGUUCAGUGUAAUAUGUAUAGGUAUAGGAUAUUAUUAAUCAAAACUGAAUGAAGCUGCCACCAUGGACGCACAUCAAAACCUAACGGAAGAGCAAAAGGCGACGGUUGAAGCUUAUUGCCAUGGGAUCGAUGAAUUUCUGGUAAAAUUCAAAGAAAGUCGAGAUUUAGAGGCUGUAACCAUCAGCAAUGAUAAGAGCAUACUCGUCAAGAUCGACCAUCUGAAAACUGGGGACGCCAAAUCUGCCAUUAUCAAAUACUUGGUCUCUCAUGAUGAAAUCUUUGAGAUAUUUACGCUGGUUUGGAAGACCCUUGGAAAAGGAAACAUCUCCACUUCCCGCAACAAGGUGGCCUUGGUGAAUUUGUCGAUUGGGAUUAGCAAUCUAAUAGAUUAUUCAGACGAGUUCGCCUAUGCCUUUGGCGAGAAGGGUCUUCUAACUUUGGUCUUUCGAGAUCUCCAGACGGGAACUCUCGGCGACAGGCACAUCAGUCACGCACUGACGAUGAUCUACAACUGUUGUUGGAGAGUUCCCGAGAACAGAGUCAUAUGUCGAGAGUUCGUUGAUACCCUCCAGGAAUGUUCACAAUCGAAGAACCCUGAGAUCCAGGCCGAUGCCUUCUUGGCGCUUUCCUACAUCGUAGACAAAUCAGAAGUUCAUAAGAUAUCCCUAAAUGAACCAUGUCUGGAAUUCCUCCUGCUGACUCUUAAGUCGGCCAUGGGUGAACCAGAUGGCCGGUCUCAUCACGGCUACUCGACAGUGGAGAUCCUCCAAGGACUCAACCAGCUGGCCAUCAACGACUGCAACAAGCUUCUCAUCGUAACACUUGGUGGGAUAGACGUCCUGGAGCGAAUCCUGAUUGAAGAAGGAUCAAACAACGAAGAAAAGCUUUGGGCUGCCCGAGGAAUAUGGCAACUGGCUUUCAAAGAAGAGAACAAAGUCAAUAUACAUCAGCGUUCAAAACUCCUCAACACACUGAAGAAGAUUAGGGAAACGACUGAGAAUUCUGAUGUCAAGGACGCCUGCUCGGGUGCACUCUUCGUCAUCAAUGACGUGAUCGACAUCGAUGACGCGUUCAAAGGUCACACCCCUACACGUGGAGAUCCUGGUCACAGUUCGGCGAAGAGUGAGGUAUCGUCUGGUCAUGUCGAAGGUCAUAUUAUGAUCAGCUACCAGCAUGCAAGCCAGGAGCGAAUGCUGCGAGUCAAGAGCUAUCUGGAGGAAUUGGGAUACAACGUAUGGAUGGAUGUGGACAAAAUGAGUAGGAAUUAUCAUACCUUUCCUCCUUUGAUCAUCAUCCGUUCUUCUCUUUCCACCGCUGUUUAUUUCUUUCAUUCAUUUAUUGUUUUUAUCCACCUUUGUUUCUUUCUUUCCUUCUUUCUUCUUAUUUAA